CAAACACCCCAGGGGAAAGGGGAGACAAGCUUGGGAGCAAAGAUUUGGAUCAUCUCUUGCAUUUAAGGCAGUGAAAUCCACCUGAUCCCUGCCUUGGUUUUUUGUCCAUUUUUUUAUUUAAAUGAGGCUCAACUUUAUGCUACUUGUUGCUUUGCGAGGAGACACCCAGGCAGGGAAGACAUCGGGACUGUAAGAGCUGUAGGGCACCAUGAAAUCUAAGGUGUGCGAGUGACCAGUGGCAAUGGCUCGCCUCCAGCUGGACUCUCCUAGUAAACAGUAGCCCUGGGCAGCCUUCAGCCACACAGCACUCCCAUGCGUGGCUCCGCGUCGCCUUGCCGGGCACCCUCGCCACUCUGCAGAUGCCUUUCUCGGGGGAAGAGAGGAGCCUUCAGGGGGUCUACAAGUCGACAGCUCAGCAGCAGGAUGGGCGAGCCCUGGCAGCCGGGGGGGUGCCCGUGUGCGCCGAGUGCUACACUAACCAGACCUUCGUCUUCGAUGAUGGCAGCUCCCACAGGCUCUCGUCGCCGGGCGGCUGCGGGGGCUGCGGCGGCAGCAGAAGCGGGGUCAUCCUGGACAUCGCCUCCCUGAAGAUGAACGAGCUGGAGUCCGAGGUGCUGCCCCUGCCGCCCCGCUACCGGUUCCGGGACCUGCUGCUGGGGGACCAGGCCUUCCAGAACGACGACAGGGUACAGGUUGAGUUCUACGUAAAUGAAAACACCUUUAAAGAACGUCUCAAGCUGUUCUUCAUCAAAAAUCAAAGAUCAAGCCUAAGGAUACGGUUAUUCAAUUUCUCCUUGAAGCUUCUCACCUGUCUUCUCUAUAUUGUACGUGUUCUGCUUGACAAUCCAGCAGAGGGAAUAGGAUGCUGGGAAUGCGAAAAGCAGAAUUACUCAACCUUCAACCAGUCAUCUACAGAAAUAAACUGGGCUCCAAUCUUAUGGGUGGAUAGAAAAAUGCCAUUAUGGGCAAUACAGGUUAGCGUAGCUUUAAUCAGCUUCCUAGAGACCAUGCUUCUCAUCUAUCUCAGCUACAAGGGAAACAUCUGGGAGCAGAUUUUUCGCAUUUCAUUCAUCCUUGAAAUGAUCAACACGGUGCCCUUUAUAAUCACAAUAUUCUGGUCUCCUUUACGGAAUUUGUUUAUUCCGGUUUUUCUGAACUGCUGGCUGGCCAAGUACGCCCUGGAAAACAUGAUAAAUGACUUGCACCGAGCGAUACAGAGGACACAAUCCGCCAUGUUCAAUCAGGUGCUGAUUCUGAUUUGUACCCUGCUGUGUCUUGUUUUCACAGGAACCUGUGGCAUCCAGCAUUUAGAAAGAGCAGGCGACAACCUCUCCCUCUUCAAGUCCUUCUACUUCUGUAUCGUCACCUUCUCCACCGUGGGCUAUGGAGAUGUGACCCCAAAGAUCUGGCCCUCGCAGCUCCUGGUGGUUAUAAUGAUUUGCGUUGCCCUUGUCGUGCUGCCCCUCCAGUUUGAGGAGCUUGUGUAUCUCUGGAUGGAACGUCAGAAAUCAGGAGGGAAUUACAGCCGCCACCGAGCACAGACGGAGAAACACGUUGUCCUUUGUGUCAGUUCCCUCAAGAUCGACCUCCUGAUGGACUUUCUGAAUGAGUUCUACGCCCAUCCCCGGCUGCAGGAUUACUACGUAGUGAUACUUUGCCCAACAGAGAUGGAUAUACAAGUUCGGCGGGUCCUUCAAAUUCCUCUGUGGUCUCAGCGAGUGAUAUAUCUUCAGGGGUCUGCACUGAAAGAUCAGGAUCUCAUGAGAGCAAAGAUGGAUAACGGAGAGGCCUGUUUCAUUCUCAGCAGUCGAAAUGAGGCAGACCGCACAGCCGCGGACCAUCAGACCAUCCUGAGAGCCUGGGCUGUGAAGGAUUUUGCUCCCAACUGCCCACUCUACGUUCAGAUUCUAAAGCCUGAAAACAAGUUUCAUGUCAAGUUUGCUGAUCAUGUGGUUUGCGAAGAAGAAUGCAAAUACGCCAUGCUGGCUUUGAACUGCGUCUGCCCAGCAACCUCCACGCUCAUCACCCUGCUGGUUCACACAUCCAGGGGCCAAGAAGGCCAGGAGUCCCCGGAGCAGUGGCAAAGGAUGUACGGGCGCUGCUCAGGCAAUGAAGUAUACCACAUCCGCAUGGGGGACAGCAAGUUCUUCAUGGAAUACGAAGGGAAAAGCUUCACCUACGCUGCCUUCCACGCACACAAAAAGUAUGGCGUCUGCUUGAUCGGCAUCAGGAGGGAAGAGAACAAGAGCAUCCUGCUGAACCCUGGGCCGCGGCACAUCAUGACGGCGUCUGACACCUGCUUCUACAUUAACAUCACCAAGGAGGAGAACUCUGCCUUCAUAUUCAAGCAGGAGGAGAAGCAAAAGAAGAAAGGGUUUGCAGGGAGAGGGAUCUAUGACGGCCCAUCCAGGCUGCCUGUUCACAGCAUAAUUGCAAGUAUGGGUACAGUAGCCAUGGACCUGCAGAAUACAGAAUGUCGCCCUGUUAACAGCAGCAAGCUGACCCUGCCAUCAGAAAAUGGAUCAGGUAGCAGACGGCCCAGCAUUGCCCCGGUUCUAGAGCUAGCAGACAGCUCCUCCCUCCUGCCCUGUGAUCUGCUCAGCGACCAGUCAGAAGAUGAGAUGACUCAGUCAGAUGACGAAGGACUUACUGUUGUAGAAUAUGUGAAAGGCUACCCCCCGAAUUCACCCUAUAUUGGGAGUUCUCCCACAUUGUGCCACCUUCUACCUAUAAAAGCCCCUUUCUGCUGCUUGAGGUUGGACAAGGGCUGCAAGCACAACAGUUAUGAAGAUGCCAAGGCCUAUGGGUUUAAGAACAAAUUGAUUAUAGUUUCAGCAGAGACUGCUGGGAAUGGCCUGUAUAAUUUCAUCGUCCCUCUCCGUGCAUACUAUAGGUCCCGGAAAGAGUUAAACCCAAUUGUAUUGCUACUGGACAACAAGCCUGAGAACCACUUCUUGGAAGCCAUCUGUUGUUUCCCCAUGGUUUACUACAUGGAAGGCACGAUCGAUAACCUAGACAGUUUGCUGCAGUGUGGGAUCAUUUAUGCUGACAACUUGGUGGUUGUGGAUAAGGAAAGCACAAUGAGUGCAGAGGAGGAUUACAUGGCAGACGCAAAAACAAUUGUCAACGUCCAGACCAUGUUCCGGCUGUUUCCAAGCCUUAGCAUCAUCACUGAGCUGACCCACCCAUCCAAUAUGAGGUUCAUGCAGUUCAGAGCAAAGGACAGUUACUCCUUGGCCCUCUCCAAACUUGAAAAGAAAGAGCGAGAGAACGGCUCCAACCUGGCGUUCAUGUUCCGGCUCCCGUUUGCUGCCGGCAGAGUGUUCAGCAUUAGCAUGUUGGAUACAUUGCUCUAUCAGUCGUUCGUGAAGGACUACAUGAUCACCAUUACGAGAUUGCUGCUGGGCCUUGACACCACGCCGGGUUCUGGCUACCUCUGUGCUAUGAAAAUCACUGAGGAUGACCUGUGGAUCCGUACGUAUGGCCGUCUCUUCCAGAAGCUUUGCUCUUCCAGCGCAGAAAUUCCCAUUGGGAUCUACAGAACUGAAUCGCACAUGUUCUCAACAUCCGAGCCUCAUGACAUCAGAACUCAGUCGCAGAUCUCAAUCAAUGUUGAGGAUUGUGAGGAUACAAAAGAUGUCAAGGAGCACUGGAACAUCAAGACAAGCCAUCACAGGAACUCCUGCUCGAGUGACCAGUCUGAACACCCCUUGCUACGGCGUAAAAGCAUGCAGUGGGCACGCAGGCUGAGUCGGAAGGGAAACAAGCACACAAGCAAAACAGCAGAGUGGAUCAGCCAGCAGAGAUUGAGUCUGUACAGGAGGUCGGAGCGGCAGGAGCUUUCAGAGCUUGUCAAAAACCGAAUGAAACAUCUGGGUUUACCUACAACUGGGUAUGAGGAUGUAGCAAAUUUAACAGCCAGUGAUGUGAUGAAUCGGGUAAACCUUGGAUAUUUGCAAGAUGAAAUGAAUGACCAUCAGAACACAUUAUCCUAUGUCCUGAUUAAUCCGCCGCCGGACACACGCCUGGAACUCAAUGAUAUAGUGUAUUUAAUACGCUCUGACCCUCUAGCUCAUGUCUCCAAUGACUCUCACAGUCGAAAAAGCAGCUGCAGUAAGAAGCUGGACCCAUGCAAUCCUGAAACAAGAGAUGAAACGCAGCUCUAAACACCUUGCCACUGACCACGGCGUCUUCUCCUACUGCUCAUGCAUGGAAUUGUCAGAGAAUUUACUAUAAACUUUACCCAAGGGGAUGAAUUCUUUGGGGACAAAAACGGAUUCCAGGUGGAAUACUUAAAAAAAAUCCAGUGAACACUACUUGUCCAUGGGUUCCAAUGCCCUGGCAGAUGCCUCCGCAUUGCACUAAGAAAAUGUAAUUCCCAACCUGGAUUCAAGCUGCUUAGAAAUGCCUUGAAAGAAAGUUCCUCAACCCUCAGAGUUAAAGGACAGCUGGCCAAAUAAAAGGCUCGAGGAUUCGUACGGUUAUUUGUUUUAACUGUUGUUUUUUUUUAAUAUAUACCGCAACUAGUGAACAGUCUUCAUCAGUACUGGUGGACAUGGCCGAAGUGAACAGAGACUACAACUGAAACCUGCUUGACUAGAAGGAUCGGGCUGAAAAACACCCCCAAACACUGCUGGUCACAUUGUACCCAGUGGAAUGUGGCAGUGUCAGGGCAAGAGAGAAAAUUAUCAUGUAGCCUUUGUUUUCAAUGGUAUCCUUCCCCCUGCAGGCUACCCACCCGUCCUAAUGCUCUUCAGCGGUUGUUGCCUUGUUUUCCAUUAUGGGGAAAGAGACAGCUGGGGGAGGGAGAGAGGUGACAGACAUCACUCACUUUUAAUUAGCCAUCUCCAGUUCUGGUACAAUAGCACAUCAUGCCUUUGGAAGCUCCAGCAAGCUGCUGAGGUGGGACAAGAAACCCCUUAAGCUAGAGGGCUGCUGGAAGUGUGUGAUUUGUCCUUAUGCGCUGGGGCGAUGAGCCACAGCCGUUGUCAAAUUACAGCAGUGUACAUUUAUCAUCCUGUCAAAUGCCUGUGCCAAAUCCACCUUCCUUUUAAAACAGGCAAACUGAGGACCAAAAGUUGUGACAUCAUCCCCGUGCUGUUUAUCUGUGUUCAUAUCUACAUGGAACCCCUGGUUCAGCUGGGCCCCCCAGACUCGCACCCACCCCGAGACUUUGGCACAUCACCACAUAUCAAAGAUCAGCUCUGGCUGGCAGUAUUACAGAAACCAUGUGUGCUGGUGCCUUACUCUGGGGGACUGGAUGCCUGUGCCCCAGGGAAGUGAGGCAUCCCCUCACCCAUCUCACUGGCCAGACCCGGUCUCGUAGGUGCUCAGAGGGCACCCAGGAGAGUGGCUCCCUGGCCAGAGGCCGUGGUGGUGCUGGCCCCCAUUUUAUAGCUCAGUGCUUAGCACCCUCACCUAAGAUGGGCACCCCAGCUUCAAGUGGAGGGGGAGAAAGGCUUGGAGCAGGGGGCGCAGUCUGACACUGAGCUAUGGGAUGGCGGAAGGGGCGUUGGUUUGCUUGUCCAUGCUGGAUAACUAUUUAGAGUGAGUCGUUGGCAGAAGGGAGCUCUUGCCUCUCCCCCGCCACUCAGAGUUGGGGGGGAAGGCGCCCAAGGCAGCCAUCUCAAGCACUCGUGCUCAGUGGGCCAAUGCCUUUUUAAGCCCAAGUGGACCAGGCUUUAACAAGCUAGACUGUGGGAAACCCACCGGAGAGUGUCCCAUAGCUGAGGGGGUAGAACGCUCCCUAGAGAGGUGGAAAACCCAUCUUCAACUCCUUUCCCCCUACCACGGAGAAGGGGGAAAUUAACCCUGGGGAAUGUGGGUUUCCCACAGCCUGGGUGAGGGCACUAACCACUGGGCUGCAGGCGGGCGGGGGGACAGCAGCAACUUUGCUACCUGUAGGCGAGGGUUUGCACCUGUGACUUCCACACAGCGCUAGACAUCUUAUUGCCACCCAGAUUUAGGCACUGACCUCCUUUAGAAGGGCGGGGGUCUUUGGUACCCUUCUCAUUGCCCUCUCCCAUUGACACACCCCAGUAGCUUCCCUGCUCCAUGCGCCAGCUUUUGUGGAAUCCACUCCUACGUGCCUCUCGGUUCCCAGUCAUUGUAAUAGGGAGCCAAGGCUUCAAACCAGCCCUUGUGAUGCUCAGUGAUUUUUCUAGGUGCUUAAAAAUUACCCUCGCACUGUUCAACAGGCAACGCCCAAGUCUCUUUGCAACUCUGGUCCAAAAUUUAGUCACUAGGCCUCGUUUCACAACAGAGUCCACAUCUACAAACAUGAACACAUAUAGCUAUAUUAUGCCAGAGACCUCAUGUGUGGAGGGGGCCCAGGGCUGGAGCAGGGGAUUGUGGGGGUUCAAGGUGCACUGCUUAUGUCAGGAGUCUCCCAGAAGGGGCGACAUGUCCCUCUGGCUCCUAGGUGCAGAGGGGGCCGGGGGCCUCUGCGUGCUGCCCCUGCAGCUCUCCCUGCCACUGAGAGCUAUGGAACUGACGCUUGGGGCAGGAGCAGAGCGUGGAGCUCCCUGGCUGCCCUUGCACAUAGGAGCCGGAGGGACAUGCCAACCGCUUCCGGAAGCCACACAGAAUUGACGGCUGCGGCAGCACAGAGGUCCCUUUUCAACGGGGCCUUCUGGUCCAGCACCAGACAUCUGGCAACCCUACACACUGUAAUAGGUCCCAGACAAUUUGAUAGAUUCAUUUUAAUUCCUUUUACUGUAUCACCAAAUCUUGCCCUUCACUAAGUGUCCAGCUGCUGUAGUCACACAGGCUCACUUGAAAGAUGCUGCUGAAAUUCAACAUCUCCCCUACACCCUUCGUUUAUUGCCCCCUUAGUACCUGGCCUCAUGGCUGUGCAGUGUGACACUCCCUCCCACCUCCCUGAUUCUGGCCAGGGCCAACCUGGGACUCCUGCUGUGGCUGAUCCACCUCAUUUUUCCAUCUGGUGAAGGCUGGUGGGGUACCUGCCAUCUGCCUUGUUUCUGCUAAACAUUUCCCAUAGCAAUGGCUCCUGGCACCUACAGGUGUUUUAAGCACCACAUUGUCUAACCCCUGUCACUGCAGGGGCUACGGGACCUGGUGCAUAAGAACACCAGCAGCCAGCCACCCCUUGUCUAUGGCAACACCGCCCUUGUGACUAGCACUGGGGAAACUGGACAGAUGGCAGCAACAGGGAGAAAACUGCUAUGCAAAGACCAGACCAUGCUGCUUCUUGAGCAUGCUCAGCCUCUGCUGGCCCAGGGAGUACAGAAGGAAGAGACUCAGAAACAAACCACAGGGCUUUCUCCCAGCAUUGAAAUGUAAGUGCUGGAGCAAACACCCAGCCCAGCUUGUGCCCUUUAGUCAUUUUAAAAAGGAAGAUUAAAAAAACCAACAGUUUGUAGAGACUAGCCCCCAAGGUUGAAGAACGGGGCCUAGCGUCAGACUCCCAAGUCCAGUCAGACACCUAAGUCAGGGGUUCUCAAACGGGGGGUUGGGACCCCUCAAGGGAUUGCAAGGUUAUUAACUGGGGGGGGG